ACGUUCAUGUGUCGUGUCUCAUCUCAUGUCUAAAACCCUUCUCUCCCGCAUCAGACCCCUUCACAACCCUAAACCCAAACCCAUCUCCUCCAUCACUCCCCGCAUCAAGGAACUCGUCAACGAAACCCUUUACAUCCUCAAGACCCGGGAAAACUGGCCAGAGUUUCUCGACGAUCGCUUCACAGAUGAAGAACUCCGCGCUUUGGAUAUUGCCCCCUUCGUUUUCGAUCGAAUUCGAGACCUGGAAGUCGGCAUUAAGUUCUUUGAUUGGCUGUCGAAACGACAACAGGAUCGGCUUUUGUCUGAUGGGCAUGCUUCUUCUUCGUUCCUGAAGCUCUUAGCGAGGUUUAGGGUCUUCCAUGAGAUCGGUGCUCUGUUGGAAAAUCUCAGAAUUGAAAAGGUGAAGCCUACCCAUGACGCAUUGAACCAUGUUCUUCGCGCUUAUGCCAAUUCUGGCUUUGUAGAUAAAGCCCUUGAGGUUUAUAAGUAUGUAAUCGAAUCGUACGAUUCGGCGCCUGAUGUUUUUGCGUGUAAUGCUUUGCUGCAAUUGCUCGUGAAAAGUAAGAGACUUGAUGAUGCACGGAAGAUAUAUAAUGAAAUGCGCGAGAGAGAUGGUUGUGUGGAUAAUUACAGUACCUGUAUAGUGGUGAAGGGUUUAUGUAGUGAAGGAAAGAUCGAAGAGGGUAAAAAGGUGAUUGAAGACCGAUUUGGAAGAGGCUGUGUGCCAAAUAUUGUGUUUUACAACAUAAUCAUUGACGGAUACUGCAAGAAGGGUGACGUUGAGAGUGCUAAUUUAGUUUUCAAGGAGUUGAAAUUGAAAGGGUUUUUGCCGACUCUGGAAACAUAUGGAGCAAUGAUAAAUGGAUUUUGCAAGAAAGGAGAUUUUGUUGUGAUUGAUAGACUCUUGGCAGAAAUGAAAGAGAGGGGCUUGAAUGUCAAUGUUCAGUUGUUUAACAACAUUGUGGAUGCCAGAUAUAAGCAUGGUUUGGAGGUCGAGAUUGCUGAAACUAUUAGAUGGAUUGUGGCUAAUGGUUGCAAUCCUGAUAUGGUAACGUAUAAUAUUUUGAUUAAUGGUUUGUGUAGGGAAGGGAAAAUCAAAGAAGCUGGACAAAUUUUAGAAGAAGCAUUGCAAAAGGGGUUGACUCCUAACAAUUCAAGUUAUACUCCUCUAAUGGAUGCCUAUUGCAAAAGCAACAAGUUUGAUAUUGCUUCUGAUUUGCUUCUUCAGAUGUCUGAAAGAGGAUGCAAACCUGAUAUAGUUGUGUAUGGAGUUCUUAUCCAUGGUCUCGUCACAUCAGGGCAUGUUGAUGACGCAUUAAUGAUUAAGGACAAAUUGUUGAACAGAGGUACUUUGCCAGAUACGGCUAUUUACAAUAUUCUGAUGAACGGAUUGUGCAAGAAAGGUAGGUUUCCAGCUGCCAAACUCAUCUUCUCAGAGAUGCUUGACCAGAAUAUUUUACCAGAUGCUUUUGUGUAUGCCACACUGAUAGAUGGAUUCAUCAGGAAUGGUGAUCUUGAUGAGGCGGGAAAGGUCUUCUCACUGUCAAUUGAGAAUGGUGUGAAAGCUGAUGCUGUGGGUUACAACACUAUGAUAAAGGGGUUUUGCAAAUAUGGAAGCAUGGAUGAUGCAUUGGUAUACGUGAAUAAGAUGACGGAAGAGCAUCUUGUUCCUGAUGAGUUCACUUAUUCGACAAUCAUUAGCGGGUAUGUAAAACAACAGGAUAUGGCUAAUGCACUGAAGAUUUUUCAGCAGAUGAUUAAGAGGAAAUGUAAGCCAAAUGUGGUAACUUACACCUCUCUUAUUAAUGGGUUUUGCUGCCAGGGUGAUUCCAAAAUGGCUGAAGAAACCUUCAGAGAGAUGCAAUCUUGUGGCCUGGUGCCAAAUGUGGUGACCUACACAACGCUUAUCAGGAAUUUUGUUAAAGUGGGUAACCUUGAAAAAGCGGUUUGCUAUUUCGAACUAAUGCUGGUAAACAAGUGUGUCCCUAAUGACGUGACAUUCAACUGUUUCCUUCAGGGCUUCGUGAAGAAUGCAGCAGAUGAAAUUCUUGCCAAAGGAAUUGGUUUUCAUCAGGAACAAAAAUCUCUGUUUGUAGAGUUCUUUCAGAGAAUGAAAUCGGAAGGAUGGUCUCAGCACGUUGCUGCUCACAAUUCUAUCCUUGCUUGUCUCUGUGUACGGGGAAUGGUACCUGCUGCUUGCAAAUUUCAGGAUAGGAUGGUGAGGAAAGGCAUUUCUCCUGAUCCCAUUUCUCUGACGGCUCUGGUACAUGGUUUUUGUAUGGUCGGAAACUCUAGUCAGUGGAGGAACAUGGAUUUUUGUACUUUAGAUGAGAAGGGUCUUCAUGUAGCUCUUAGGUACUCUCAGAUUUUAGAGAGACAUAUACCUCAAGCUGUGGCAUCCGAGGCUACACUUAUUUUGCAUUCCAUUGUUGAAAAAAGUAAACGCCAAGGAUUCGGGUAAUCAUAGAAUCUAACUAGAUAGAUGAGUUAGAAAUGUUCAAGGACAUCAUCACCAGGUUGGACACAGCUGGAAGUCAUUUUGGAUGGCGUUUUGGCCGGUAGAUAGAUCAAUGAACCGUGAUAGGCAUCGCGGUCCAGCAACCCAGUGAAAAAGGCCCUUUCACUUCACCAUAAUGAAGUGAUAUUAUCCGCUUGGGCGAGGAAAUCAAUAUCUGUGCUCCUGGGGAAGACCUUGGAACAUAUGGAUGUCCGAUCAUUGAAGUAAGAUCUUGCAGGGAUGAGGCAUUACCUAACUGUCUGGUGCUUUUGUGGAAGUUGAAUAAUCUGAUAUCACAAGUUUCAGAG